AAUUAUGCUCACAAGCUUUCUGCAAAUAAAUUUCAGAUAUGCAUCGCGAGCCAAGGCACAAGAUUUUGAGAUUUAUGCUCCAAAUGCAACGUUUGAAGAUCCCCUUAUGCGUGCAGAGGGGGUAAAGCAGAUAAAAUCAUCAUUUUAUUCGCUCGGGAAGGUCUUCAGUGAGUCGAGAAUAGUGGAGUACAACGUCACAGAGAAAGAAAUUUCCCCUGGAAAUAAAGAGAUUUUAAUUGACAACAAACAAUAUUACAAGUUCUUGGGGAAAGACAUUCAUAUGAUAUCACUAAUCAAGUUGUACACGGAAGGAGGAAAGUUUGUUCGUCAUGAAGACUGCUGGGAUAAGAAACCUUUACGGAAUAGGGAGACAGUAAAAGUACCACUUGUUGGACGUAUGAUUGAGGUAUCUCGAAGAGCUUCGAUGCUUUUGACACAUGCUCUAAUGGGGUUUGGAAAAGAUCCCUCCAUGUAAAUUGCAGUGCACUGUUUUUAAGUGUUUCAAUUAGUUUUUACCAUAUUGUAAGAAAUAUAUAUAUGUUUGCUUGAAAGUAUGUCAAGAUAAUUAUUAUACAGUUGAUCCAUUUGGGCCUCCAUAGACAAUUUUCAUCCUAUUAUUUAAGUUAUAUAUAAAUUUUAGCCAGUAUUACUAAA